AAGCAUACGCAGAAAGCAGGCGCUGCAGAAAGUCAGAAAGAGCGAAAGACUUCUGCAACUUCCGCAUCCGGUAGCUUGCUCGUCAAAAUGGCGGAGAACGACGCCGCAGCAGCGAAGUCACGAGAAAGACGCAUACAAGAACUGAAAGUCUUGGAGCAUGAAAUUAACUGCCUCAAGAGAAAUGCUUGCGUCUACAAGCAGCAGCCAAACAGCAACAUUUUCUUCAAGUCCACACGGGCAGAUGUUGAACAAGAUACAAAGAGAAACUUGGAUGCGUUGCAAGCCCGCCAGAAUAGUGAACCAUCCAAGACCACCACAGAUUGACACAUCUUUGACUUUUAGACUUGACGUGUUCUGCCUAUAAAAAGUAACAAGACGCUAUUAUUAAUUCAAGAAGUGUUCUGUCAUCAACUUGUCAUUAACAAUGUGUGCAAUGCAAGCAUGUGACCUAGCAAAGAAAGAGGUGCUGUCACGCCUUAUUGGUGGAAAACGCAAGUAAAAUUUUAAACAAGAAAGUCUGCCUCUAGAAACCCUAUAUUUUGCAAUAGCAAAGCAUGCCACUAAAAAGUGUGCUUCCUUGACAUACAACAGAACCUGCUGAUGCAGAAGUGCAAGGCUUUAAGUGGCUACUGUUAGAAGCUGUACCAACUGGCCUUGAGGGGCAUCCUUUUUUUUUAAUUUGGUCAGUCAACAUUUCAUGUCACGAAUUACUGUUGUGUGAAAUGCUGCAUAAGCUCAAAGUAUGGGUCGUUGUGAAAGGCAGUGUGGAUGACUUUGGCCUUUGUGUUGUGGUUUGGCUACCAACUGUCGUCGUGGGCAGAAGUAUAUAGUAUCCAGUAGUGUAGUCUACUAUACCACCACUGAAUAUGUGUUUAACAUAGGUGGGAAACCUCGCAUGCAUCGAGGUAAAGUGUGUUGCAGUGUUGAGGUAAGGUGUUGCAGUUAACAUUCAAAGAUGCACAAUGUAUUAUUGUAUCAAAUUUCAAAGAUUGAACCGUAUCUUGUUCAUACAAGAUUUUUCGCAUUGUGCAUGCACUUGACACAUGUAGCUUUGUAUCAUAAUCUUGUCAAUGUAACAGCAAAGUGAACAAUUUAAAUACUGUUUAGCUGACUUGUUCAUAGAGCAUAUUUGAAGCAAAGUUUGUAAUUAAUUACUGAAUCUCUAAAUUCUCACCGCUAACCUUCAAGCGACAACAUUGAACAUAUAUACUACCAUAGACCAGGCACUGCCAUGUAGUUAAAAAAAUAAUAAUUGAAAAGAAAAUGACAGAUGGCUACUUGCAAACGGAAAAGGCAAUUCAUAUAAAAGCAUUCCAAGUACAUGCAUCUUGUGUUCUCUAACGAAAGAGAACAGCUGAGUAGUGUCAAAGAGCGUACAGAAUAAGGCUCCAUUGUCCCCGUUGAAGUGAGGUGGGAGGCGCUGUGAUUGGACUAAUUGAACAGUGCUGAGCCACUACUGCAAAACAAUUGCCGUCACAAUUAAGAUUUAUAUUACACAUGCCUCAAUGUCCAGAGGCAUGUGUACAGGCCACUCUUUCAUUUAGCACCUGCCCUAUCCUCUUUUACGUGACUUAGUUGUCUUUUUGAUGCAUUAGCUCUACCAGCAACAUGUUCUAAUAAAAAAUAUUGAUACUC